AUGAACCCCUUCUGCUCCGACACCCCCCCCACCUCUGCCACUGCCACCACCGCCACCGCCACCGCCACCACCACCACCACCACCACCACCAACGGCAGCAGCGCCAAUGGAAGCAGCAGUGGCAGCGAGGCGUCUAGCAGCAGCAGUGCGGCGUGCAUGGCUCGGGCGCGGGCGGCAGUGGAUGCUGUGCGCAGCGAGCGCAGCCAGUCGGUGAAGCCGGGCUCGGGGGUGGGCGGCAGCUUGGCCCGCACGGCUGCCCGCUCCUCCUCCCUGCAUCUCCCUCAGCGGUGGGAAGAGCAGCUCCUGGCGGGCAGGGAGGGGAGGAACGCAGGUAGCAGUGGGGGUGGAGUGGUGGGGAUCAUGAGACGCAGUGAGUAG